AUGCCCCACGACGAUGCUCUAGUCAUCACGUUGGAGCUUGCGAGUACCAUCUUCUCGAAGGUCCUCGUCGACACCGGAAGCGCCGUCAACGUCGUUUCACAAAAGACACUGCGAUCGAUUAGCCAACCGACCCUAGUAAUCGAUCAUGAAACAACUCACCUCAAUAGUUUCAAAGGAAAGUCGGUCCGGACACUCGGGAUCGUGCCACUAACCACCAAAACAUACGACGUCGAACUGGAGACCCGGUUCACCGUAGUCGAUCAUUUCAUGCCCUUCGACGCCAUCGUAGGACGUCCCCGGCUACACCAGAUGAAGCGAUCCCUUCGGUUUACCACCAAUGCUUGA